GCGUGGCUGAUUGGCGUCAUGGCAACCGCGACACACCCAUGAACAACCUCCCUUCCGGCCUUCUUCCAUCUUGACUUCAUUCUAAUAGCAGCAAGAUGGUAUACUCUUCUCGGUGGGUACUGUGCGCGGCAGUGAUAGGCGCGGGAGCGCUGCAAAUUCCUCUACUAUCCUCCAACAACCAGGCGCUGCUUGGCCAUCUCUCAGGAUCGAAGCCUCUUGUCAACUCGACAGAGUUACAGGACCUGAUCAGUGGAGACCGUCUGUUGACUCGCGCGAAGAAGCUGUAUGAGAUUGCAAAGCUCGGCGAGGAGGAGUACAACCAUCCUACUAGGGUUAUUGGAAGUGCUGGACAUGUCGGAACACUAUCCUACAUCUAUGAGACCAUCCUUCAGCUUGGAGACUACUACACUCUCUCAAACCAGAGCUUCCCUGCUGUCUCUGGCAACGUCUUCGAGUCAAGGCUUGUGCUUGGCGAUGGUGUUCCCAAAUCAGCAGCUCCCAUGGGUCUGACUCCGCCAACAAAGAACAAGCAGCCAGUGCACGGCGACCUGGUUCUCAUCGCCAACGAAGGUUGUCAGCUGUCCGACUUCCCGGAUAUCGUUGCUGGAAACAUUGCCUUCGUCAAGCGUGGAGUAUGUCCUUUCGGAACCAAGUCAGAGCACGCCGGCCAAAAGGGGGCUGUUGCGACCAUCGUUUAUAACUACGAGAAGGACGCUGUAUCCGGUACGCUUGGAACACCAUCUCCGGAUCACAUAGCCACAUUCGGUUUGUCUGGCGAGGAGGCAGCGCCGGUAUUGAAAAAGCUUGAGAAGAAGGAGCGCGUCGAUGCCAUUGCCUAUAUUGAUGCCGAGGUCCAGCAAAUCUUGACCGUCAAUAUCGUUGCGCAGACCACCGAAGGCGAUCCGGAGAACUGCAUCAUGCUUGGUGCACACAGCGACAGUGUUGCUGAAGGGCCAGGAAUUAAUGACGACGGUUCAGGCACAAUCUCGCUGCUCGAGGUUGCUACACAACUCACAAAGUUCAACGUCAGCAACUGUGUUCGCUUUGCAUGGUGGGCUGGCGAAGAGGAGGGUCUGCUUGGCUCAGACUACUACGUUCAGUCGCUGUCUGAGGAGGAGAACCAGAAGAUUCGCCUGUUCAUGGACUACGACAUGAUGGCCAGUCCCAACUUCGCCUACCAGGUCUACAAUGCUACCAACGCCUUGAACCCCAACGGGUCUGAGGAGUUGCGCGAUCUGUACAUCGACUGGUACGAGCAGCAAGGCCUGAACUACACCUUCAUUCCGUUCGAUGGACGCAGCGAUUACGAUGGCUUCAUCCGCAACGGUAUUCCUGGAGGAGGUAUCGCAACCGGUGCUGAAGGUAUCAAGACCAAGAGGGAAGAGAAGGUUUUCGGAGGCAAGGCAGGCGAUUGGUACGACCCCUGCUACCAUCAGCUGUGUGACGACGUUGGCAACGUCAAUAUGACAGCUUUUGUUGUCAACACCAAGCUCAUCGCACACUCGGUCGCGACGUAUGCUGUCUCGCUCAAAGACUUCCCUAAGCGCGAUACUACCGUUGCUUCGCAGGCGUACAAAGAGGCUAUCAAGUACCACGGUAGCAAGCUGUUCAUCUAAAUGCAGACCAGCCUGUGGUGAAUUAGGCUUUGCUUGGACCUUCUAGAGCAUUGUAAGCAUAUACAUAGCAUCAAUAGAUUCACGUGUUGCA